UUGAGCCUUCAGCAUAAUAACAUAAUUUGCUACACUUUCCUCCUGCUCCUUUUUUGCCACUCCGUUGCAAAAUUCAAGUAGCAGCAAACGCAGUUUAGUAGUCUUGGAGUGUUCUUCUUCAAGGCAGGUUUUAUUAUUGGGAAAAUGGCGAUAGGAUUCGAAUGGUUAAAAACUACAGCGGACAACUCGUGUAUAUUUGAUAAAGAAAAAGAGUAGAUCUCGAAUAUUUUUAAAAGUUUAAAGUGAAUCAAAGGUGACUUGAUUGUUGUUUGGACAAAUAUAAGAAUGGAAAAUCUCGUUAAAAAAGAUACGGUGGUGCAAGAUAAUCUAUUGCAUUCAGAGAAUCUGUUGCAUUCUGAUUCGCCUAAUAACAAAACUUGCGAGCAACAACCACAAAAUCAACAACAAAAAACGAAACGUAAACACAGAAGAGGCAAACCAAAGGCCAAAAAUGCAAAUAAACCGUACAAAAAGUCGAAUUGGAAAUUUCAGGUGCCACGACCAAAUUUCAAUGGAGGAGGAGGUGGAAUGAAUAAUAGAAAUGGGGCACGUCCGAAAAUCCUUCGAUCACGAUCACUGGUGCCAUACAAUACGAAUAAGUUCCUUAUGGAAGAACAUUUAGCAGAGGUGCCAAGUGCUUUGCUAACACCAUCUGGUCGUACACGUGAUUCAAGCUUUUCAGUGGACUCCGAAGAUAAUUACUUUUUUUCUUUGCCUGAGGAUGAGGAAGAGUUUUUGACAAAAGAGUUUGCUAAUGUAUAUGAAAAGGCGAGAGUUGAACGUUUAGAAAAUUUAACCAAACAGCAAUUAAUUGAAGAAUGUUUGCAAAUCGAGGAUCGGUAUUCAUCCGACCAAGGACGCCAGCAACAACGAAUAAGUUCAGAGUUUAUGUCAAAAAUACGAAUUUUAGAGGAAAAAGUUCGAGAGCUAUCACGUGAGAAUUACAAUUUACGGUGUCAAUUAAUGCGAUCGGCGGCAAUGGCAGUAGCUGCCUCACCACCGUCUGCGGCCCCGCCGAUUGGUGCUGCUUGUGAACCAACACCGAUGGACUCUUCUAGUGUUGAUAGUGAAAGUGACAGCUCUAGCUCCUCCUCCUCAUCAUCAUCUAAUGGGAGCGCAGAUAUCGAACGUCCUAAUAAUCUAAGGCAACGACGGCAACGCCGAAGCUGUUCUUCAGGUAGUUCCUUAAGCGAUUACAGAGCAUUUAAGGAGAAUCAGCAAAUGGAAAGUGAUGAGGACGAUAAAAUUGUGACAAGUCCUAAUGUUAAUGUGGUUACUGAAGGUAGCAGUGAAAACAAAACUGCGGAACUUCCAACAGAGUUUGUAUGUGAGGGUCGUCAGUCGUUGGAGUCGAGCUCAUUUGAAGAAUGUAUAGCGAGCCCAAACGACGGCAUCGCUUCUCUCGAUGCUGCAAUGGAGGAUGAGUUUCCUUCGUUUUCUCCGCUUUUGGGUGGCGUCGACACUUCUCCAUCUUGUGAGAUGGCAAUAUCAGCUGCCUUCAGAACUCAAUCCCACACAAAAGGUGCGGAGGACGCCGGUAGUGCUGAACAAAAUUAUAACUGAAAGCUUAUAAUAUCACAACUUCACUUAAUUUAUUUUUCCAUUUUCCUUCUGUUUAACUCGACUGAGUAAGCGUUAACGUUAUUUUUGUUUUUACCCAACUCUAGCAUGAUAUCAACACAUUAAUCGGCAAUAAUUUCGUUACAUACAAACAUAAAGUUUACUACAAAGAGUAAAAAUAAUAAUAUUAAUUUUGUUUAUCUUUACUUGUAUAAAGGUUUAAGAUAAUAGUUCGGAAAUUGACCUAAUAUAAUGCUGCUCUUGGGAUUAUAUUUGCUUAGACUGUACAAUUUUAUCUAUUAAAUUACAUGAUUUGAACAUUUUCAUCAGAGAUUUCAUUGUAGGUUUAAAUUGUAUGUUUGCGUCUAUGACAGAUUUGAAAUGGUAUAUAUGUGUUUCUACCAAAAAUUGUACUAAAUAUUUCUUCCGAAAGGAGCAAUUCGUUCAUCUGAUUUUUUUUUUUUUUUUUUUUUUUUUUUCUAUUACCGACAUAACAUUCUUUGACCACUAUUUUGCAUUUUAAGUUUAUGAAUGUGCAUUUAUCAUUUAAAUUACGAAUUUCAACGCUUCUCUAUUUACUAAA